AUGGCAACAGUACUAUCCUUCUUACUCUUCCUUCUGGUUUCCUUCUCAAUAUCAACCCCAUCUGCUUCUGUCAAGGACGAGUUGACGGCUUACGAAGCCUCCAAGAGUGAAUUCUCAGUCCACUUGAAUGGCUCUUGUACAUUUUCAAUUGAUUCAUAUGAGCUUAAGUAUAAGUCCACCAUAACUGGUGUGAUAACCAAAGACAAAAUCUCGAGCUUGAGUGGUAUCAAGGUCAAGGUGUGGUUCCUGUGGUUGAGCAUUGUCACGGUGGUUCAUGACGGCGAUGAUAUCGAGUUCUCUGUUGGUGUUGCCUCGGCGGACUUUGCCGUCAGUAAUUUUGUGGAGAGUCCCACCUGUGGAUGUGGAUUUGAUUGUGUCAAUGUGAAUGAAAGGAAGAUCAAGGUUGAUGAUCAGUCACUAGUCUCCUCUGCUUAA